AUGGCGGCACUAGAUGGGGCUUCCUCCGACUUCGCUGCCUUCACAACUGGAUUUUCUUGUUACGAUGUAUUCCUGAAUUUCAGUGGUGAAGAUACUCGCAAUAAUUUCACUGCCUUCCUUAACUUAGUUAUGAAAGACAGAGGAAUCGAUGUGUUUAUUGAUAGUGAAAGCAAAUGGUGCCUGCUGGAACUCGCUCAGAUUUUUCAAUCCUAUGUUUCAGAUCAUCAACUGGUCUUGCCCAUAUUCUUUGAUGUUGAUCCGUCAGAUGUUCGAAAUCAGACUGGAAGUUUUGAAGAAGCAUUUCGGGAGCAUGAGAAGAAUUUUGAUCCCCAAAUCGUAGAGAGUUGGAAGAAAGCUUUGAGAGAAAUAGGAAGUUUGAAAGGAGAAGUUAUUGACAAAAAUAAGAAUCAAGCAGAGAUAGUUGAAUUAGUUGUCAAAAGGGUUUUGGAUGUACUGGUCAGUAGCACAACCUUGGCUGAAUGUAAAUAUCCUAUUGGUAUAGAUUCUCGUGUACAAUGUCUCUUAUCUUUAUUAAGUAUCGAUUCCAAUGAUGUUCAAUUCAUAGGAAUAUGUGGUUAUAGUGGCAUUGGGAAGACAACCAUUGUUGAGGCUGUCUAUAAUCGCAUCCUUUCAACCUUCAAUAGGUAUAGUUUUAUAUUAGAUGUUAGCAAACAAGCAAUGCAAUGUAUGGGUCUUGUGUCUUUGCAAAAACGACUUCUUAAAGAUAUCUUCAAAAUAGACUCUGACAUUGGUCAUUUAGGUCAAGGGAAAAAUUUGAUAAAACACUGA